AUGACUUAUCAUAUGAAAAAGGAGGAAGUCACCUUGACCAAACUUCAAGGUCUGUUAAGAACUGCUGAAAGUGGGUUAAAAGGAAAAGCUAUCGCAUCCACUCUUACUGUUGCUGCCCUAGUAUUGGCUAUUGGACGUGGGAAAGGGAAGGAGAUGAAAGCUCCCUCUAAGAAUCACAAGGGAAAGUCUCAUGAUGGAUCUUCUUCAAAUGGAUCCAAAGGAAAAGGUGGUUUUGUUGCUCCUUCGUUUGAUCCAAAAGAAGCAGAGUACUUCCACUGUCAUGGAAAAUGGCAUUUGAAACGAAGCUGCCCAAAAUACUUGUAG